AUUGCCCGACGUCAUUCUAGUGAGCGACGGGAUUGAGGCACUCUGUGCUUAACAUACGGCCCCCCUCUGGAGAACACCGCCUUAUCUCUACGUUCAGGCAUCAUGGACUCCAAUGAUAAACGCUCCGUAGCUCUCAUUGAAAACUUCCGAGCCAGAUUGCAAACCCUGAUCAGAGUCGAGCCGGUCCUGGAUCUCAUGCACUCCAUCGAUAAAAAACAGAAGGAGCUGAUCAUGAGCAAAGCCCGGGCGGAGGGGGAACGGGAGGCGGCCCACCUCCUGAUCGACACGGUGAUCCGGAUGCCGCGGGCCCCCGGAUGGUUCCAGGAGUUCUUGGACGCCUUGUCCGCCGCGGGCUGCCGACACGCGGCGGACUACAUGGACGUCAGGCCACCGUCCGCCGACUUGGAGGCAGAAAAUGAUAACCACAUCCGGCUGAUCGAGCUGCUCUCCGCGAGCCUCCUGGACAUGAAGACCUGCGAGGUUUCUACCCACUGCCUCUCAUUGGGGAUCCUCACAGCGGAGGACGUUGAAAAGGUACACGCUGAAACAAAUAACCAUGGAAACAAAUGCGGAGCUCGAGAACUACUGAGAAGAAUCAUCAGAAAUCCUCCCGGUUGGUUCUCGGACUUCCUCGAAGCCCUGCGUGUCACGGAACACCUACCCCUGUGCAAAGAACUGUCCGGUUUGACCAUGGACGACAAAGUUCCAGGCGCUGUUCCUAGAGAGGUGGGGCCAGCCGUAGAGGGCUCGCCUGGGGUUGGCCAGGAGCUUCAGGUUCCCAGCAGGGAGAGCUGUGUAGACCUGUACAACGACGACAGCAGUGAGACCAGUUCGAGGCAGGAGGACUGUGACCUUUCGCUCAACCUCUCAUCAGACAGUGUGGGCGGAGGAGCUGACGAAGGAGGGGCUGACGGAGGGGCUGAUGGAGGAGGAGCUGACGGAGGAGCUGACGGAGGGGCUGACGGAGGAGGGGUGAUCUCCCUGCGGCCCUACCAGGCGGAGGUCGCGGCCCCCGCCCUGGAGGGGCUUAACGUGAUCAUCUGCCUGCCGACCGGCAGCGGGAAGACGCGCGUGGCGGUGUACAUCACGGGGCAGCACCUGGACGCCCGGCUGGCGCUGGGCCAGCCCGGGAAGGUGGUGGUGCUGGUAAACAAGAUCCCUCUGGUGGAGCAGCACUACUCCAGUGAGUUCGCUCCGUUCCUCCGGCGCUACAAGGUGGGCCGGGUCAGCGGCAACUCGCAGCUCAAGAUCUCCUUCCCCGACAUCGUGAGGAACCACGACGUCAUCAUCUGCACCGCCCAGAUCCUGGAGAACCACCUGGCGGGCUCGGAGAACCUGGACGACGAGCGCCUGGAGCUCAGUGACCUGACGCUGAUCGUGAUAGACGAGUGUCACCACACCCAGAAGGGCGGGGUCUACAACAACAUCAUGAUGCGCUACCUGAAGCAGAAGUACCGCAACCUGCAGCUCAGCAAGCAGGGCAAGGAGCCGCAGGCCGUGCCCCAGGUCCUGGGCCUCACUGCCUCCCCAGGCGUCGGGGGCGCCACCAAGAGCACCAAGGCUGAGGAGCACAUCCUCAAAAUUUGUGCUAAUUUGGACGCUUGCAAAAUCAUGACGUCGAGCAGCGAAGACACGAAGGACCUGUCCAAGAAGGUCUCCAUCGUGGAAGAGAGAAAAAAGGACCCUUUCGGUGACCUCAUCAAGGCCAUCAUGACGGCCAUCCACCUGCACGCUGACCUCCACUCCACCUGUGACUUCGGCACACAGACCUACGAGCAGUGGGUGGUGCAGAGAGAGUACAACGCGGCCAAAGAGGAGGACCAGAAGGUGAGGGUCUGCGCUGAGCACCUGCGGCGCUACAACGAAGGCCUGCAGCUCAGCAACGUCAUCCGGAUGUGUGACGCCCUGGAGGUGCUCGGCGCCUUCCAGGAGGAGGAGAUGAGGAGGAAGGAGGCUCCUGAAGAGGAGACGCCCAUCCAGGUCACAGACACCGAGAGGUUCCUCUUCAAGCUGUUCCAAGACAGGAGGGCGGAGCUACAGCGGCUGGUGACGAUGCCGGAGUACGAGAACAGCAGCCUGUCUACCCUGCGGGUGGAGGUCCUGAAGGAGUUCACCAACAGGGCGGACGCUCGCGGGAUCAUCUUCACCAAGACCCGACGUAGCGCCAUGGCCCUCACCCAGUGGGUGCAGGGCAACGCCAAGUUCGCCGAGGUGGGGGUGAGCGCCAACUACGUCCUCGGGGGAGGAGACCAGAGCAGCGUCAAACCCAUGACCAGCGCCGAACAAAAGGAUGUUUUGAACAAGUUCCGACACGGAGAAGUCAACUUGCUGAUCGCCACCACCGUCGCCGAGGAAGGCUUGGACAUACCGGAGUGCAACUUUGUGAUUCGCUACGGCCUCGUGACCAACGAGAUCUCCAUGAUUCAGGCGCAGGGCCGUGCCCGGGCGGAGAACAGCAGCUACACCCUGGUGGACGUGCACGGCUCCGGGGUUGUGGAGAAGGAGUUAGUCAACGAGUUCCGCCAGAAAAUGAUGAACAAAGCCAUCGUGAAGAUCGGGAAAAUGGAUCAAGAGGAAUUCAAAAAGAAGAUCACCACCUAUCAGCUGGAGGCUAUCCAGGAGAGGAAGAUGCUGCUGAAUAAGAAGAAGAAGAAGAAGCAGAACGACAGUCCGUCUGAGGUGUCCUUCAGCUGUCGCGGCUGCAACAAGGACGUGUGCCGUGGAGAGGACAUCGAAGUGGUCAGUCAGAUGCACCAUGUGGUCGUGUCCACAGAGUUCCGGAGUCUCUACAAUAAGAAGGACAACACCAACCUUCAGGAGAGGCUGGUGGAGUACGAGACCAAUCAGUUUGUAGCGUGCAACACGUGUGGCCAGCGAUGGGGGUCCAUGAUGCUCUACCGUGCCAUCGAGCUGCCCAGUCUCCACGUGAAGAACCUGGUGGUCACCUGCAAAGGCAAGAAGAUCAGCAAGUGUGCCAAAUGGAAAGAGCUGGAUGUCUGCUUCCCUGCCUUCGACCUGUCUGCCCACGCCAGCCUGGUGGACGAGGCCCUGGACUCAGACUGAGGACCCGCAGCCUGGUGGACCAGGCCCUGGACUCAGACUGGACCCCCAGCCUGGUGGACCAGGCCCUGGACUCAGACUGAGGACCCCCAGCCUGGUGGACCAGGCCCUGGACUCAAACUGAGGACCCCCAGCCGGUGGACCAGGCCCUGGACUCAGACUGGACCCCCAGCCUGGUGGACCAGGCCCUGGACUCAGACUGAGGACCCCCAGCCUGGGGGACCAGGCCCUGGACUCAGACUGAGGACCCCCAGCCUGGGGGACCAGGCCCUGGACUCAGACUGAGGACCCCCAGCCGGUGGACCAGGCCCUGGACUCAGACUGAGGACCAGCAGGCCCUGGCUCCACUGUCCUGCUAGAGGGCUUCACCUGAGAUUAAAGCCACGAACAGGAUAAAUGAUGUGUCGAACAGAGAUUAAAAAACACUAGUAGAAUAAAGAAAAUAAUGUGUUCAGUAUGAAAGUAAUUUUGCUGCUGUGUCUGUCAGGGAUAAAUCGCUUAUGUAAGGGAUAAUGUAUAGAUCGCUUCUGUAAGGGAUAAUGUAUAGAACGCCGGUCAGUAUCGGGAAGAUAAGCCCUGAACUGAAGUAGGGCUGAUAAACAGAGAACGUUUUUUUCCGGUAGGCUUCAGAUCAGCUGACGACGUCGUUUAGAUACCGAGGAAACUGGGGCUGGUAAAUUACUGGAAUGCUUGUGGAGUGCUACGAAAGACGUGAAUCAGAGGCAAACAAACCCCUUUCCUUGAAAGCGGUCAAUUACACUUGACAACGGUCAAUUAUGCAAAUAUAAUUGACCGCCGAACGUUGGGAAGGCCUUAAGUGAAUGGAGCAUUCUACAGCAUUCAGAAGAGCUGUGUAAUAACAAAGAUGUAAAUAGGUGUGCACUGGGUCUGGCUGAUGUGUUUUUUUGUGUACAAAGAGACGUCUCCUACUGUCUGUUUAGAGUUACUACUGAAUGAUGCCGAGCUUCCGUUCUGUGCUGAACGAGGCGCUGUAGGGUUGGCCGUUAACAUGACGGAAUAACCCAAAUGUUCAUUUCAAACAUUGUCAAUAAAUUGUAAUUGAAUAU